AUGCCCAUGCGAUACCAGGCCGCCCCCGCCAGCCCCGAGCCCCUGGCCCGGCCCCUGGCCUUCCCCUUCUCCAACAAGACGGCCAAGAACCGCCUCCUCAAGAGCGCCAUGGCCGAGAACCUCGCCACCUGGAGCAGCACCGAGCCUUCCAAGAGAGGCAUCCCCACGCCCGAACUCGUCGAGAUCUACCGUCGCUGGGGCGAAGGCCCAAACAGCUUCGGCGUCAUCGUCACCGGCAACAUGGCGACCGAGUUCGACUACAUGAGCGGCACCGGCGACAUGAUCAUCACCCCCGAGUGCGAGCCCGCCGGCGAGCGCUUCGAGGCCUUCAAGGCCGUCGCCGCCGCCGGCAAGGCCCACGGCAGCCUGAUGGUCGCCCAGGUCAACCACGCCGGCAGACAGGUGUCCAAAAAGAUCCAGCCGAGCCCCGUCUCCGCCUCGGCCAUGGGCAUGGAGUUCGCGACACCCCGCGAGGCCACAAAGGCCGACAUCGACCGCAUCGUCGAGGGCUUCGCCCACGCCGCUGAGUACCUCGACAAGGCCGGCUUCGACGGCAUUCAGGUGCACGCGGCCCACGGCUACCUCAUCGCCCAGUUCCUCUCGCGCACGACCAACAAGCGAACCGACGAGUACGGCGUGCAGACGGUUGAGAACCGCACGCGCCUCAUAGCCGAUAUCGGCCGCGCCAUCCGCGCGCGCACGUCGCCGGGCUUCAUCCUGUCGGCCAAGUUCAACAGCGUCGAGUUCCAGGACGGCGGCGUCACGCCCGACGAGGCCCGCGAGCUGUGCGAGAGCCUGUCGGGCCUCGGCUUCGACUUUCUCGAGCUCUCGGGCGGCACCUACGAGAGCCUGGGCAUCGAGUGGAAGAAGGACAGCACCCUCCGCCGCGAGGGCUUCUUCCUAGAGUUUGCAGACACCGUCGUCAAGGGACUGGGCGACGCCGCCACGCGCAAGACCAAGGCCUACAUCGUCGGCGGCCUGCGCUCCGUCGGGGCCAUGGUCGGGGCCCUUGACGUCGUCGACGGCGUUUCCCUGGGCCGCCCCGGCGCGUACGAGUUCCGCAUUGCGCCCGACAUCCUUGAGGGCCGCAUCACGGCCGCCAUCCGGCCUGCGGAGAUAAUCGAGGACGACUUUGGCGUCGACAUGGCGGCGGCGAGCGCAAACAUCCGCCUCGUCGGCGAGGGCAAGGAACCGUUCGACGCGAGCGACCCCGAGGCCGUUAAUGUGUUUGCCCAGGACAUGCAGGCCUGGUACGCCGACUUGGUCGCCGACGGCGAUAAGCUGGAGAGCCACGGAGGCGUCCACUAUUCCGGCAAGACUCUGCCAUAUGGCACAACUGUGGCGGCCUAG